CGAGGUUUGUCCGGUCUCCUCAGUGCAGAAGGUGCCUGUGUAAAAACCCCAGUUUUCUCUCUCUUUGCAUUUGCCCUAGUCGAGGAAGGGGAGCCCAGCUGUGUUAAUGCCUAGACUGCUUGAAUAACAGAUUAAUCAGCCACUCGAUGGGGAUUACCAGCGGAGCAGCUCUUUGUGUUACCUUCCCGCCACCGUGUAGCAAGCAAAACAACUUCAGCACCUCUUCAAUAACAAUUAUGAAACUGGUAUUAACUGAAUGGCAAUUAUGGAUUUUUAACUCUAGUACACAGUAAACGAAAACCCAAGCCCAGCAAGCCAUAUGCCGAAUUUCCUACCAAAUAGCAUUUUUUUUUUCGUUCCUCUCUGAAUGUUUCAACGUCUGCGCGACAAAUUGAUGACGCAAACUGCUCGUAACAAGGGGGAAUUACAAAUAUUGUUUGCACGAGGAACGCGACGCAGCUGGAAAGAGAAGACACCGUAACUUAUCGUUAGAGAUGAUAGCAUUAUUUAUAUAGGUAUAAUAAAUAAAUAUAUAUAUAUAUAUUUUUGUGGUAAUGAAAAUGGCUCCACAGAAUGCUGACUCGGAAUCUAUGCAAGCUCAAGAGCUACCUGUGGUGCAGCUCCAGAAGCCGGAAAAUGAGAAUGAGAGUAAGGAAGAGACCAUCAGUGAAGAAUCCAUAGACCGGAUACCUGUACGCCUCUGGGUGAUGCAUGGCGCUGUAAUGUUUGGCCGGGAAUUUUGUUACGCCAUGGAGACGGCUUUGGUGACUCCGGUAUUGUUACAAAUCGGUCUUCCUGAGCAGUACUACAGCCUCACGUGGUUCCUCAGUCCGAUCCUGGGCCUGAUCUUCACUCCUCUGAUAGGCUCUGCUAGUGACCGUUGCACCCUCAGCUGGGGCCGCCGGCGGCCUUUUAUCCUCGCCCUCUGCAUCGGCGUCCUCCUCGGCGUUGCCCUUUUCUUAAACGGCUCAGUUAUAGGUCUAGCCAUUGGAGACGUACCAGACAAACAGCCGAUCGGCAUAGUCCUCACCGUGCUGGGGGUGGUGGUCUUGGAUUUCUGCGCCGAUGCGACGGAGGGACCGAUCCGAGCCUAUUUGCUCGAUGUGGUGGACAGCGAAGAGCAGGACAUGGCGCUCAACAUCCACGCUUUCUCGGCUGGUCUUGGAGGAGCCAUUGGCUACAUGUUGGGUGGCCUAGAUUGGACGCAGACCUUCUUAGGAGACAUCUUCAAAUCUCAAGAGCAAGUGCUCUUCUUUUUUGCCGCCAUUAUUUUCUCCGUCUCGGUUGUCCUCCACCUUUUCAGCAUCGAAGAGGAGCAGUACAACCCUCAGCAGGACAGAAUCGAUGACGAAGCAGACACUCUUUCCAGCGUCAAACUGAGCGGCAGCCUCCCGCCUCUGAAUCGACUGAACGUCAUCAGCGAGGAAGACCCCUACGGGAACUCCAUGUUCCCAGAUGAGGUCCAGUCGGAGCAAGACCUCAACAUGGAGUUCCUCGAGGUGGACAUAGUGCGGAGCAAGAGCGAUUCCGUCCUGCACAUGCCGGACGCCACUUUGGAAAUCGAAUCCGAGCUGCUUUUCCUCCACGAUAUCGAGCCCUCCAUUUUUCAGGACGCCUCCUACCCGAACACCCCCCGCAGCACCAGCCAGGAAUUGAUGAAGUCUAAAUUCAACCGCCUGUCUGCUUUCCUCAGGGAAAACGAGAAGGAAGAAGAGAUGUUACUUGAUAAUCACUUGAACGAAGCCAAAGUCCCCAACGGCAACGGCUCCCUACCAAAAGACCUCCUGAACGGACACGCUCGGAUCGGCAUGAAGCAGUCGAGCACUUCGAACUCCAUGCGCCGGCGGAGGCACAUGUUCUACCGCCAGCCCUCGUAUACCUUCUCCUACUACGGGAAAAUCGGCACCCACCGCUACCGCUUCCGGAGAGCCAACGCCAUCGUCUUGAUCAAGUCCUCCCGGAGCAUGAAUGACAUCUACGACAUGCAGAAGAGGCAGCGGCAGAGGUACAGGCACCGGAACCAGAGCGGCGCCACCAACUCCAGCGGGGACACAGAGAGCGAAGAAGGGGAGACGGAGACCACCGUCCAGCUCCUGUGGCUCUCCAUGCUGAAGAUGCCCAAGGAGCUGCUGCGGCUUUGCCUCUGCCACCUCCUCACCUGGUUUUCCAUCAUAGCCGAAGCUGUGUUCUAUACUGACUUCAUGGGGCAGGUCAUCUUCCACGGUGACCCCAAGGCUCCUUCCAAUUCUACCGCGCUGCAUGACUACAAUGCUGGCGUCCAGAUGGGCUGCUGGGGAUUGGUCAUCUAUGCCGCUACUGCUGCCGUGUGUUCAGCCUUGUUACAGAAAUACCUGGACAACUACGACCUUAGCAUCCGGGUGAUCUACAUCUUGGGCACGCUGGGAUUCUCCAUCGGCACCGCCGUGAUGGCCAUCUUCCCCAACGUGUACGUCGCCAUGGUCAUGAUCAGCACGAUGGGCAUCGUCUCCAUGAGCAUCUCCUACUGCCCUUACGCACUUUUGGGACAAUAUCACGACAUCAAGGAGUAUAUUCACCACAGCCCUGGAAACUCAAAGCGAGGCUUCGGCAUAGACUGUGCCAUCUUGUCCUGCCAGGUCUACAUCUCCCAGAUCCUGGUGGCCUCUGCUCUGGGAGGGGUGGUGGAUGCUGUGGGCACAGUCCAGGUCAUCCCCGUGGUGGCCUCGGUGGGCUCAUUCCUGGGUUUCCUGACGGCCACCUUCCUGGUGAUCUACCCCGAUGUCGGCGAGAGUCCAAAGGAAGAGCAGAAAGGCUUGGCCCCUCCUCCCGAGGCGCCUGACAGCAACGGCGUGAGCGAGGAGAAACCCACCGUGAUCAAGUUGUCUAGGAAAGAAGCUGUUUCGUCGGAAGUGGAAAGCGAAUCGACCGUUUGAGCGAAAAAUCACCUUCAUUCGCACACAUUCCAAGCCAUUCAGGUGCAUGAACCCAAACAUUUGUUUCAAGUGAAAUCUGAACAUUCGAGGAACAUCCUUUGCUGCAGUGGGUGGAUGGUUCCUCAUGGAAAACUGUUGAUGAGAUCCCAUAGUUUUUGUGUAGCCUUGAAUGCAGAUCACUUUCUCUACAAUCCAGAGGCUCUCCUCUCCUCGUGGCCUUUCUAACGAGGAGUCGUGCACCUGGGUUCUAAAGAUAACGUUAACCAAUUGGCAGGUUAAACUACCUUCUUGCAUGUUUUAGUUUAUUUUAUUUUUUUUAACGUCAUGGUAGUUUUUGAAAAUGCUCAGUUAUCCAUUUGGACAAAUUAAAAUAUGUAUUUUGGUGAUUUUUUUUUUAAGAUGAAAAUUGAAAGCAAAA